CAGUUCUUUAAUGGGUUUUCUUUUUCCUUUUUUUUUGGCGUGUGUUUUGAUUGUUGGGAAUUCAUGCUUUUAAGGUUGUAGGGCUAAUGAAGAAGGUAUUGUUUCUUUUUAUGUCUUGUUGUAUUAUUUGAAAUGGAAACUAAUAAUGGUUUGUCUGGUGGGAUGUUUCUAGGGAUUGGUUCAGGAAUGUUAGGCCUUGAAAUGCCAUUACACCCUCAACCCCAGCAACAACCUCAAAAUCCCCAAAGUGUUCAAAACCCACAUAGUUUACAUCAUCAACAACAGCACCCACAAGUGGUUGCUUAUGCUCACCAUGAAACACAACAUGUUAAACAAGGUUACCACCCUUUUGGUUCUAAACCCAAACAAAUAUCCACUAUUAGUGAUGAAGAUGAGCCUGGUUUCACUCUUGAUGACGGUAGUAGUAAGAGAAAAGCUUCACCAUGGCAAAGAAUGAAAUGGACUGAUAACAUGGUCAGGUUAUUGAUAAUGGCUGUUUAUUACAUUGGUGAUGAUCAAGCUAGUUCAGAAGGUGGUAAUAAUAAUGAUCCUAGUGGUAAGAAAAAAGGUGUUGGUGGUAGUGGUGGGUUACUACAAAAGAAAGGGAAAUGGAAAUCAGUGUCAAGGGCAAUGAUGGAGAAAGGGUUUUAUGUAUCACCACAACAAUGUGAAGAUAAGUUCAAUGAUUUGAAUAAAAGGUAUAAAAGGGUUAAUGAUAUACUUGGUAAAGGGACUGCUUGUGAAGUAGUUGAGAAUCAAAGGUUGCUUGAAUCAAUGGAUUUAUCACCUAAAAUGAAGGAUGAAGUUAAGAAAUUGUUGAAUUCUAAGCACUUGUUUUUUAGAGAAAUGUGUGCUUACCAUAAUAGUUGUGGUCACGUAACACAAGAGGUGGCUAAUGAGACACCACCUCAAAUGCAACAAAGGUGUCUCCAUUCAUCGGAUAAUGCUCAAAUCGGCGGCAAUCGAGUCGGUGGUUCGACCAAGACAUUGAAGUUAGAAGAGUCUGAUGAUGAAGAUGAUGAAGAUGAUGAUGAGUCUGAUGAUGAUGAUGAUGAUGAUGAUGAUGAUGAAACAAUGGAUGGACAUGAUGAAGAUCAAAAUGUUGAGAACUCUUCACGUAAAAGGCCUAGAAAGGGAGGUGUGUCACCAUUGAUGCAACAAUUGAGCAAUGAAAUAACGAAAGUGAUACAAGAUGGAUCAAAGAAUAGUUGGGAGAAGAAGCAUUGGAUGAAGAUGAAGUUAAUUCAAUUAGAAGAACAACAAGUGAGUUAUCAAUGUGAAGCAUUUGAGUUGGAGAAACAAAGGCUUAAAUGGGUGAAAUUUAGUGGGAAAAAAGAAAGGGAAAUGGAGAAAUCAAAGCUUGAAAAUGAACGAAAAUGGCUUGAGAAUGAACGAAUGGUGUUGAUUGUAAGGCAACAAGAGCUUGAAUUGGUGGACAUGAGUGAUGUUCAACAACAUUCUUCUAAUAAAAGGGGAGACCUAUCAAGCUUCACUAGUUAAAAGCUCGAAAAAUGUAAUGUCUGGUAAAGAGGUCUUUAGAUCAUCAAUUAGAUACUUUUAUAUGAAAAAAAAAUAGUUGUUCUUGCUUUUCUUCAUUAACUUUUGUUUAUGAAAUUUGGGUUUUCACUCUUUCUGUAA